CGUCAAAACAGAAAACAUUAUUUCUACACAAUCGUUCGGUGUUCAUGAUUUUGACAAUAGAAAAGUUUCAUUGAAUGCACAAUAAAUAAUUCUCUCAUAAUUUCAUAUUGUUUUUGUUCGCGAUUCGAUUAAAUCAUUCCGAAAAUCCACACUUGUCAACAGAACAAAUCGAUUAGAGCCGAACAUUGAAGUGAUUACAUAGUUGGGACAAACAAUUGAGCCCUUGUUUAUUGUGUGCAAAGACAACUGCAAUCUGAAGCCGAACAUUCAAUCUCUCUCUGGGAACCGGUAAAUUUGAACACAAACAUCGAGCAUAACCUCAACCACAGUUGAAGUACAUCUAUCGUGAGGAAGGAGCAAAGUCAACAACAAUGCCGGUUUUCGAUCCAUUAAACAGUGACUACGCAACUCAACUGUUGUCGGCAAUUGGAGAAAAGCUGUACUUGAACUCUGAAUUGGCCGAUGUUCACUUUGUCUCCGAAUCAAAUGAUGACAUCGAACGAGUGCCGGCGCACAAAAUGCUCUUGAUGGCGGCCAGCGAUGUCUUCUCUAAAAUGUUCAAUGGAUCAUGGAAGGAGAAGGAUGAGGUGAAGAUUGUCGAUAUGUCAGCCGCUGCCUUCAAGGAAUUUCUCCAGUUUUUCUACUUUGGCAAAGUUAAGCUGACGAUGCAAAACGUCGCUGCAGUAAUGAAUCUCGGUGAAAUGUACAAUGUGGCCGAGUGUUUGACAGUGUGCAGCAAAUUUCUGAAAAACAAUCUCAACGAUGACAACGUUUGCCAAAACUAUGGAUUGGCAAUACUUCUCAACCAAGAGGAUUUGAAGCGGUCAUGUGAAACGGUUAUCGGUCUUAACGCAAAUUCUGUGCUCAAGUCAACUGGUUUUCUGUCGUGUAAUCAAAAAGUGUUGGCCGAGAUUCUGAAACUGAAUUGGUUGUCGUGCACAGAGGUCGAGCUCUUCAAAGCGUGCAUGUGUUGGGUUAAAGCAACUACCGGGAUAGACAAUCUAGCCAAGGAACUGGUGCAAGUUAAACUCGGUGAUUCACUUUAUGAUAUUCGAUUUGGAUCGAUGUCAUUCGAAGAAUUUGGAGCGCUGGUUCCGACAUACGGUCAGUUAUUCACGACUACUGAAUAUGUGGACAUCAUUCAAAUGUUUACGAACAAAGAAUUUCAAUCAAAUAAAUUUAACCAAAAUCGUGAGAAACGCUGUGAUUCGGAUUCGUGGGUUGAGAGAAAUGAAAUUUUUUGCAGUCGAUUAUUUUCACGUUUCAGUUCGACAAACCCAUAUUUUGUCUCAAAUUUGGAAACAACCAAGAUUUCAAGCAACCAACCACUUUUGCUAAAAGGUUUCACUCUUGACUUCAUCAAAAGUCAUUGCAACGAAAUAUAUAGCGAUUGUGAUAAUCUUCCAACAGAAAUAACAAUAGUUGAAACGUCCGGUUCUGAUGAAUCCAAAAGAGAGUUGGUGAGAUAUAAUGGAAAAGCCACAUUGACGAGUUCAGAAGAAACAGCGAUUACUCUACCCAAACCGGUUCUAAUUAGACCUGGAUUUAUGUACGAAAUUCGAUUGAAACAAAAUCCUCCAGAAAACUGUGCAACGGGCGUUCUACUGAAAUCUGAAGUUGAAAUGAAGGGUGGCAUCAACAUCCAAUUUCAUGAUGACCCAUUCCUACCGGAUGAUAAAUCACCAACAGGCUUAAUAAGCUAUCUUCGUUUUUGCCAAAUCGGAAAUUAAUAUGAGCCAGGAUAUUGAACUGAAUAUUCUUUGAUUAGAACUGAAUUCUUCAAGUAUUGUUACAUUGUCCCUUACAAAAAUUAAUACGAAUACAAAUACAAAUAUGAAAUAAAAAAUUUUUCCGAAGGUA